AUGUCCCACGUCAACGACAAAACCUCCACGUCCACUUACACUACAUCGCACGUCUCUUCCUCAAAUGCCGCAGCAUCCACUUCAAAAUCCUCAAACACCGGCAAACAAAAAACGAAACAGUCGCUACAGCAACCACCACCGACCAAAAGAACUUAUACAUUCGUUGAGCUGCUCGCUCUUCGACUUUCGCCAAUGUGCCGUGAAAUUGAAUGUAGAUUCGCGCCGGAUGCGUUGUACAUGGACAUCUUGUCUUCACAAAUGGAUCCCGAAGAAUUAGAAUAUAAUUGGCGCUCUGCACAAGGUGAUAUCGUCGCGAAUGAAUAUUUCGUAGUGCCAGGACGUCGUCUUAGAACUAAUGACAAAAUGAUGGAAUUGGGGAAUUUAGGUUUUGUGAAUGAAUUAAUUAGAGCGCAUAAUCGAUGGAUUGCGUUGCUGCAAACUCGUGGAAGUUUGAAAAGACAAGAUGACGAAUACAAAAAGGAGAGUGUGUUCGGUUGCAAGAAGAGUGAAUGGGUUACAGAUCAUAUGAAGAAAACCUCACAUGAAGAUGGUUGUGUCGCUAUUCAAGUUUAUCAACAGCAGCAAAUUCAGGCAAAGAACCAGAAUUGA